CAGGUCAUAAAAUUGUUCAGUCUAUUUGGAGAAUUCAAGAGGUUAGCACCGGUAUGAGACUCCUCGGAACUAUUAUUCUGUUGGCAAUUUUAGCCCUGGAUAUGUGCAAUGCAGUAAAAUGUGUUUUAACGUGUCGUACAUUGGCUGGCGACUACGAAGUCAUUGAGAUAUAAAUGGUGUGUAAUCUUUAAAGCUAUAAAUUCCCUUUAACGGAGCUUUAAAUGAAACUGAAAUAAAAGCUAUAUUGGAGUUAGUAUCGUUAACAGAUUAAUAAUUUAGCAUAUUAACAUUAGUAUUAGUCGGAACAUUUGAAAAUUGAAAAUACGGUCCCGCUUUCAAAGAAAUAAAUUACUUCUGUGACAUUUCUCAUUACAACUGUCUCUAUCCAAUUUAAAUCUCUAGCCUGACUCUAAGCCACAAUAAAAUACAGAAAUCGAAUCAA